AUGGGUAGCACGGGUCCCUGCGAUCUUCCUCUUUCGAUGCGGGCGCUAGGGUAUGCGGAUAUAGAGUACAGCGAGGCUCGAAAGUUCAGCAUCGUUGAGAAGGCCCUUCCGAAAAUUCGUGAGCACGAUGUCUUGAUCAAAGUGAAGGCCUCUGGGGUGUGUGGUACAGACCUGCACAUCCACGAUGGCGAAUUUGGAGCUCAGUUUCCUCUUGUCCCCGGCCAUGAGACUGUGGGAGUAGUCGCAGCAUUUGGCAGCAGGGUUCAGGGCUUCAAGGUUGGAAAUCGUGUGGUGGCAGACAACUCCGAGUUGUGUGGAUACUGUUACUACUGCCGUCGGGGCAAGGAGCUCUUCUGCGACAACUUCAUUGCCCAUGGUGUUAUGGUCGAUGGAGGUUUUGCGGAGUAUGCCACAUACCCAGCAUACCGCGUGUUCAAGUUCCAGAAUCUGUCUGAUGUGGAUGCGACGCUGUUGGAGCCUGCGGCUUGUGCGGCGCAUGGACUGGACAAGAUCGCCCCUCAGAUGGGAUCAAGUGUGCUUUUAUUCGGUGCGGGCCCGACAGGACUGAUCUUGGCUCAGCUUCUUCGCCAAAAUGGCGGCUGUCAUACUGUAAUUGCUGCACCGGCCGGCUUGAAGAUGGAGCUUGCUAAGUCUCUUGACGCGGCUGAUGAGUACGUAGAGCUUCCGCGUGAGGCACAAGCUGCCACUGCCAAAAUGGAGAAGAUUCGAACGGACAAUCCAUAUGGUUUCGAUAUUGUUGUGGAAGCUACUGGCAGCGCGAAGAUUCUGGAGAAUGCCAUUAACUUUGUGACCAGGGGUGGUAAGUUGGUAGUGUACGGUGUGUACGGCGACGAAGACCGUGUUUCACUGUCACCAAACAUGAUUUUCAAGGAGGAAAUCAAUGUAAUAGGCUCAUUCAGUCAGAUUUAUAAAUUUCCGGCUGCUAUCGAUUAUCUUGAUGGAAAGCGGGUUAAGGUUGAUGGUAUUGUUAACAAGACAUUCAAGCUUGAGGAAUGGCAGGCGUGCCUUGAUGCAAUGAAGAACAAGUCGGUGGUUAAAGCCGCACUUGUAUUCGACUAG